GUCACCACUAAAUAUAUUGUCGGCCAUUGUGGCAUUGUAUUUAUAUGGUGUGAUACCCUGUUUACGUUUGGAGUAUACUCUUAAUAAGUAGAGAAGUGGAAUAUCGGUAUAAAAAAGAGAAAAUUGUCUUUCAAAACAAUGAGCGACGAGGCGUCCACGAGUGCGAAGACUUUCGCAGAAAAACAAGCCGAACGAAUGAAACGUUUGCGGGAUCUUCACGCAAAAAGAAACGAAGCCAGACAACAAAACCACAAGGAAGUUGUUGAAGAGGACAAGAGAAAGAAAUUACCCUCCAAUUGGGAAGCUCGCAAGAGACAGGCUGAAUGGAUAAUGCAAGAUGAGAAUUCUAGGAAGGAAGCAGAGGCUAAGGGAAUUGAUUAUGACAGAGCCAAACUCCUGAACAUGGAUGCCAUCGAAGCAGGAAGACUUGAUAGGAAGAGGAAGAAAAAGAAUCCAGACCCUGGGUUUGCGGACUUUGAACAAGCCACUAUUAGACAAUACAACAGAUUAGUGAAAGGCAUCAAGCCUAAUAUGGAAUCUUACGAAGAAGCUAAGGAAAAAUUAGGACCUGCUUUCUAUGGAGAUAGAAACACUAUUUUACAUGGUCUUCACAAUGACAAAAAGGAUGCUGUGGAUAGGAUGGUCGAUGACUUGGAAAAACAAAUUGCUAAACGUGAGAAGUACAGCAGAAGAAGAAUGCACAAUGACGAUGCUGAUAUAGAUUAUAUUAAUGAACGGAAUGCCAAGUUUAACCAGAAACUUGAGCGCUUCUACGGAGAGCACACUCGGGAAACGAAACUUAAUCUGGAACGUGGUACAGCUAUAUAAUUAGAGACCAUGGCCCUGCUCUUAUUUUUGUUACAUUUUUUUCUGCGUUUAUUGGAACGAAUUGCGAUUCCAGAAUGUAAUGUACUGUAUGUACUCUCUGGUCUGCAAUGACGUCGGUGGCGUUUAUUAUUCCGUAUAGAAUACAAAAAGGAAAAAUGUAUUGGAAUUUCUGGCUAGUAAAAAAUCAUUUUGGAUUAGUAUUUAGUCUCAAUGUAAGAACAAAGAUUUUACACAUUAAAUUCUUUAUGAGUUUAAGUACAAUACAUAUGCUAAUCGCAAAUAAAAAAUUAAAUUAAUUAUUACAGUCA